GUGACUCGCAGCCGCUGCGGGGACUCUGGCUCCAGGCUCCUGGCGAGAUCCCCGAGCCCCGGCGGCUGGUGCUGGGAGCCCGGAGCCCGGGCUGCAGCCGGGAGAGGGGAAUCUCCAGCAGGGCCCUUCCCGCUGCUCCCCAGGAGCCUCUCCCAGGGCAGAGCCCCCAGCCCAGCCAGGCCCCUUCCCGGCCCGGCCCCUGCCCCAGGGGGCCCCGCUCGGAGGGAAGCGUGGCAGAGUCCAGAGCGUCUGUCUGCAAGGAGAGAGCCUGGCGGGAAUUGGGGUGUGAAAUGGACUCAAGCCCCUUCUGAAACCUCCCCCAUCGCCCCUCUCGCCCUGACAGGCUGAAGAAUCGCAUCCCGAUUUUGCUCCAGAUCGUCCCGUCUUCCAGGAGACGGGGAAAAGAAAUGGCUGUGAUGGAGCCAGCUCAGGGGCUGGUGACCUUCGAGGAGGUGGCUGUGUAUUUCACCCAGGGGCAGGGGGCUCUGCUGGACCCCGCUCAGAGAGCCCUCUACAGGGACGUCAUGCAGGAGAACUACGAGGCAGUGACCUCGCUGGGAUUUCCCCUUCCCAAACCUGAGCUGAUCGCCCAGCUGGAACGAGGGGAAGAGCCGUGGGUGCCCGAUCUCCAGGCCUGCGAGGAAACAGAGAUCCCGAGAGGCGCCCGCACAGCAGGUGCUGAGCGAGGGAGUGAGAACGAGGCGGGGAAUCAUCAUGAGGAAGUGGAACCACAGGGGACCUUUGUGGGAAGAGCUGAAGGGAAUUUUUCCCAGUGCUUGGAAGAGGGAGAAGCCUGGGGAAAUUGGCACAGGUCAGAAAGGCUGAUGGGAAACCGCCCGAGGAAGAAAGUGGAUGAAUCUGUUAUCUAUAGGGGAGGAAACAAGGAUCCCACAGCCCAGCAGACAAAUCCCAAGGAAGAAAAACCCUACCACUGUCUCCAGUGUGGGAAAGGAUUCAUUCUGAGAUCACAGCUGGUUACACAUCAAACAAUCCAUAACAGCUCAGACUUUAAUACCCAUGGGAGAAUCGAUACAGGAGAGAGACGCUUUCAAUGCCUUGAGUGUGGGAAAUGUUUUAAUUGGAUGUCAGCACUUAUUACACAUCAGGCAACCCACAUGGGAGAGAGACCCCAUAAGUGCUUGGAGUGUGGGAAAAGCUUCAGUAACAGCUCAAAUCUUACUAAACAUCGGAGAAUCCACAUGGGAGACAGACCCUAUAAAUGCCUCGAGUGUGGGAACUGUUUCAGUCAGAAGACCACCCUCAUUAUGCAUCAGAAAACCCACACAGGAGAGAAACCCCAUAAGUGCUUGGACUGUGGGAAAAGUUUCACACAGAGAUCAGCCCUGAGUACACAUCAGACAAUCCACACAGGAGAGAGACCCUAUAAGUGCCUCGACUGUGGGAAAAGUUUCAUUCAGCGCUCACACCUUCUUCGACAUCUGAGAAUUCAUACUGGGAAUAAACCUCAUAAAUGCCUCCACUGUGGGAAAAGUUUCAUUCAGAGAACAAACCUUAUUUCCCAUCAGACAAUCCACACAGGAGAGAAGCCCUAUAAAUGCUUGGAAUGUGGGAAAAGCUUCAAGAACAGCUCCUACCUCACUAAACAUCGGACAGUCCACACGGGAGACAGUCCCUAUAAAUGCCUCCUCUGUGGGAAAAGUUUUGUUCUCAGUUCCGACCUGAUUGUGCAUCAGAGAAUUCACACAGGAGAGAAGCCCUACGUAUGCUUGGACUGUGGGAAAAGCUUCAAGAACAACUCCUACCUUACUAAACAUCGGAGAAUGCACACAGGAGAGAGACCUUAUAAAUGCCUCGAUUGUGGGAAGUGUUUCAGUCAGAAAUCAUCCCUUAGUACCCAUCAGACAAUCCACACUGGAGAGAGACCCAAUAAAUGCUUGGACUGUGGGAAAAGUUUCACCCAGCGAUCAGCCCUUGUUAUACAUCAGAGAAUCCACACAGGAGAGAGACCCCAUAACUGCUUGGACUGUGGGAAAAGUUUCACGCACAGAUCAGCCCUCCUUAGACAUCAGGCCAUCCACACAGGAGAGAGACCCCAUGAGUGCGUGGAAUGUGGGAAACGUUUCAUUCAGAGAUCAACCCUUAUUAGACAUCAGGCAGUCCACACAGGAGAGAGACCCCAUGGGUGCUUGGACUGUGGCAAAUGUUUCACCAACAGAUCAUCCCUUAUUAGGCAUCAGGCAAUCCACACAGGCGAGAGACCCCAUAAGUGCUUGGACUGUGGGAACAGUUUCAUUCAGAGAUCGAACCUUAUUAUACAUCAGAGAAUCCACACGGGCUAUAAACCUCAUAAAUGCCUGGCCUGUGGGAAAAGUUUCAGGAAGAGCUCAUACCUUACUAAACAUCUAAGAACUCACAAAGGCCUGGGAGACCCACGGAACAGCUUGAUUAUGGAAAAAGAUUCAAUCCGAGCUCAGACAUCAGUGAUCCACAAAACUGAGAGACCUUGAACAUGGGGGAAGCUUCAUUUGGUGCUCCCGGAGUAUCGGGCAUCAGCAAAUCCGCACAGGAAAGAAACCGUUGAGAUGUUCUCAGCGUGGAAAAUGCUCCAAGUGGAACUAACACCACAAUGGACAUCAGAGACUCCUCCGCACAGCAGGGAAAUUCUCUCAGGGCCCUGACUAGGGCUGGCCAUGGUGACAAACCCAUUUCCUCGUUCUCACACACAUCAGGGCCAUUUGGCUCCCAAGGAUCCAGCUGCCCAUCGCUGGGGUGAGGAUCCAGCAGCAGCCGAGCAUCAGCUGCUCAGUGACCCACUGGCUCUGCCUGGUCUAAGCAAACCCCAGGCAGAGGAGGAGACGCCCCGAUCAGCCCCUCCUCCCUGCUGCAGCCCUGGCUGCUGAGCUGAUGGGCCACAGGUGGGGGAAGGGAGAGAGAGAAACUCCUCCAGCCGCUCCCUCUGCCUGGCUGAAGUUCCCCCCUCUCCCUUCCCCUCCCAGCCGGGAUCUCCCUGCUGUGGAGAUGAGGAGAAGGACACUUGGGCCAGGCCCCCCCUUCACUCUAGACACCUGUCCCCAUCCCCCAUCUUCUACCAGCCCCUGGGCUGGGCUCUCCCACUGACCUGGAGCUGUUCCUUGCAGGGGGAGUGUCCCUGGGGGCUGGUAACUCCUCCCCUCCCCAAAUAGCUGGGCUCUGGGGGAUCAAAUAUUGAGGGACCAGGGUGAUGGGUUAUGGGGAGGAAACUGGGGAUUGAAUGGUUGGGCUGGGGGAGCUGGGAAACAGGGGGAGCUGGGUACUGGGGCUAGUAAAUGUUUGGGGAUGAUGGGAUAAGAGGCGAGGGAGAGCACAGGGGUAGAGAGGUGCUGCCUCUCCUCACUCAGCCUCUCUGCCCCUUCCUCCUGUCCCCUCUGGGGCUGAUUCCCACAAGGACCCUUUGUGGAAGGCCCCGAGAUCCCACCUCUGCCUCCGCAGCAUCAGCCUCCAAGGGUCUGUCUAUGGUAGGAAAUGUGGUCGGGAUCAGCCAGAGCAUCUCUAUGACCCUGCACCAGGUUUCGUGGUGUCAACUGUGAGACUCGGGCAAACCAAGUGCCAGCUCAUGCCGGAGCCCAAGGCCAGUUCGCUCGUGUAUUAGGAUAGAUUAAAGAGAUUGUGAAAUGUAUAAGGGUACGUCUAUACUUACCCGCUGGUUCGGCGGCAAGCAAUCGAACUUCUGGGUUCGAUUUAUCGUGUCUUGUCUGGACGCGAUAAAUCGAACCCAGAAGUGCUCGCCGUCGACUCUGGUACUCCUGCUCGGUGAGAGGAGUACACGGAGUCGACGGGGGAGCCUGCCUGCCGCGUCUGGACCGCGGUAAGUUCAAACUAAGGUACGUCGACUUCAGCUACGUUAUUCAGUUGCGUAUCUUAGUUCGAAUUGGGGGGUUAGUGUAGACCAGCCCUAAGAGUGUAUUUGGUGUUUAAACUUCAUGAAAAGUAAUGGGAUGUUCCUUGCAUUGUUUUCACUUAACUAUAUCUCGUUCUAAUGUAGUAGCAAAUAUUUGCAUUGUGUAUACCCCUGUCACUAAAUACCCCAUCCAACGAGGAAGAAGCCCUGUGGAAUGCAAAUGAACUUUAACAGAGAAGAGCUAAUUUCAAAGCAAGGGGGCGUUGUGUGUUAUGACCGGAGGUCAAAGACUCAAAACGCAUUCCUCACUCUGUCAUUAAAGAGCCAACGUGGGUAGUGACCCUGUCAGUUUGUUUUCCGUGAGAAGAAGCUAUAAGUAUGGAUUCAAAGAAAAAUCCUGGAUCUCUGGACUGUUGGACUCUUACAGAGAAGAAUACCACAUACAAAGCUGUGACCCCCAGGGACAAUCUGAGUACCCUGAAAAGACUUUUGGGAAACUGUCAGUUUAUAACAUCACUGCCACCCUUUGGAAUAACAAACUGUGACUCACCUGGGCAUACAUUUUACCUGCUUUAACCUCUCAAUAACUCUCACUUCCUUUCCUUAGCUAAUGAUCCUUUAGUUAAUUUACUAUAGAAUUGGCUACCAGCAUUGUCUUUGGUGUAAGAUCUAGGGUUCCAAUUGCUCUGGGGUAAGUGACUGAUCUCUUGGGACUGGGAGCGAUGUGAUGUGAUUUUUGGUAUAAGUGACCAUUUAUCACAAAUUCCAGUUUGUCUGGCUGGCAAGACAGAUUGGAGAGUCUAAGGGGACUGUGCGUCUAGGGUAAGACUGGGAUAGUGAUCCAGGAGUUCACAUUUGUUACUGGCCUGGUGAAAUCUAAUUACAGAACGAACCAGCAGCUUGGGGCGUCUGCCUGGUUUGCUGUCAAUCUGCCCGGAGGUCUGCACGCCCAGUUGUGAACCACUCCAGACAGUGUGACAAACUCACCUGGAGCAUCUUAUCUAUUCAGAUCCCCGCCAUUAACAGAGUGAUCGUUAGUCACUGAAUCCCCCCGUGGGGCCGGAUCGUCUCAUUCCCAGAUAGUCUCACAUUAUUCCAGGCCGCGCUGAAAAGCGUUGAGUGUUUGUACAUUUUCCCCCUUAUGGGCCAGAAUUAAACAGACGCUAAAAGAAUGGGAGCAGGGACAGUAAAAUGUGGGGUUUUAGCUUCUGUGUGAUUUCAGGGCAAUGGGGUGAGUCCGAGGGAUUCCCUCCUUCCCCCAUCACCAUCACAUUCUCCACACAGCAGCCUCUGUCCCAGCAAUGCAGAGUUUUAUCCUGUCCCCGUUCUACCCCUCCCCUUCCCAAGGUGUCACUUACCACCCUGUCCCUGGCUCUCCAUGCCUAGGAAUCCCAGCUUUGAUGUCUAUGAUCCUAAGUCGGAGCCCUGAGGGCUGGAGAAGGAAGGGUUACAGACCUGGAAGGGAAUUCAAAUUAACUUCAAAGAACAUUUUGACCUUUCUGAUCUCUUGGUAAAAUUGCAUCUCUUGGUAAAAUUGCUUCCAGUUUUUGUCUAGGCCAGUCCAGAUCAUUUGUAGAUGGGAAGAUGUUUGUGAGUUUUUGGUCUGUUAUGAUGAUGCAAAAACUUUUGUAACUAACACAACGAGCUGUGGUCGUGGUCAUGUGGUGAGAAGUAAAGCAGGUUUAGCCCCUUUAGAAGAAAAUGGGUACACUUAUUUUCUGGAUUUUGAGUCUUCAGAUUCUCUGGAAUUUCAAUUUCUGAAUGUGAAAGUGGUUUGUAGCUCACCCUGUACUGUGGGUUUUUUCUCUGUUCCUGAAGACCUUUUGGUCCCAUAGAGUAACUCCUCACUUAGUCAUUCUGAUUAACGGUGUUUCGUUGUUACGUUGCUGAUCAAUUAGGGAACAUGCUCGUUUAAAGUUGCGCAGUGCUCCCUUAUAACAUUGUUUGGCAGCCGCCUGCUUUGUGCACUGCUUGCAGAAAGAGCAGCCCGUUGCAGCUAGCUUGUGGGGGCUUGGAACCAGGGUGGGCCGGCAGCCCCCUAUCAGCUCCCUGCUCCCCUAAGUUCCCUGUGCGGCAGCCGCCCAGCAGGCCAUCAAUUGCCGGCAGUUCAGCUGUCCCUCCCCCCACUGCCAUGUGCUGCUCCUGCCCUCUGCCUUGGAGCUGCUCCCCAAGACUCCUGCUUGCUGUGCAGGGGGUGAGGGGUUAAGGGGUGUCCCCCUCCCCCCUAAUCCUGCCCCCCGCUUAUCCCAUCUCUAUAGAGCAGGCGCGGGGACACUACAGGAGGGAGCUUGCUGGCAGCAGCUGCUGUCUCAACUUGCUGAUCUACUUAAAAAGGCAAUGUACUUAGAGUGGGGUCAGAGUACUUAAAGGGGCAAUGCGCAUCUCUGACACACAGGGUGUGUGUCUCUGUCUCUCUCUGCCUUGCUGUCUCCCCUCCCUCCAUUCGUGCUGCCUUGUAGAGUGUGAGGCUACAUUAGCAACAAUGUGUUAACCCUUGAGGGCUCAGCCGAGUGCUAGUUCAUCAUUUAGCAGUAAGGCAUUCUCUGGGCAAUAUCCCACCCUCUGACUCCACCACCUCAACCAAGCUUCACAAUCAUCAUCGCUGUGUACAGUAUUAAACUGUUUAUUUAAAACUUA